AUGAACCAGCCACCAAAGGGCUUUGUCGAGAGAUCCAAGUCCAAACCAAACUUGGCUGAUUUUGCAGCUUAUCAAAAAUUGUAUCGUCAAUCCAUUGAAAACCCCAGUGAAUUUUUCGGCGAACAAGCGAAACAAAACUUGGAUUGGUUCAAGCCAUUCGACUUGGCUAGAUUCCCCGUUUCUAGUGAAGACGAUUUCAAAAAUGGUGAUUUACCAGCUUGGUUUGUCAAUGGUGAAUUGAAUGCUUGUUAUAAUGCCGUUGAUAGAUGGGCUAUCAAGAACCCCAACAAGCCUGCCAUUAUUUACGAGGCUGAUGAAGUCAAUGAGGGGAGAAUUAUUACUUAUGGAGAGUUGUUGAAGGAGGUUAGUAAAUUGGCCCAAGCUUUGGUUAAGUUGGGAGUCAAGAAGGGCGACUCAGUGGCUGUUUAUUUACCAAUGAUUCCUGAAGCAAUUGCUACCUUGUUGGCCAUUACUCGUAUUGGCGCUGUUCACUCAGUUGUCUUUGCUGGAUUCUCAAGUGCUUCUUUGAGAGAUAGAAUCUUGGAUGCCGAUUCGAGAAUUGUUAUUACUGCUGAUGAAUCCAAAAGAGGUGGUAAGACUAUUGAAACAAAGAGAAUUGUUGAUGACGCAUUGAAGGAAUGUCCUGAUGUUCGCAAUGUUAUUGUUUUCAAGAGAACGGGAAACUCUCAUGUUCCAUUCACUAAGGGAAGAGAUUUGUGGUGGCAUGAGGAAUUGGCCAAAUACGGUUCAUAUUACCCACCAACACCAGUCAAUUCAGAAGAUCCUUUGUUUUUGUUGUACACUUCGGGAUCUACUGGUAAGCCAAAGGGAGUCCAGCACACCACUGCAGGUUACUUGUUGGGGGCAUUGCUCACAACCAAGUAUGUGUUUGACGUUCAUGAAGAUGACAUCUUGUUUACCGCUGGUGAUAUUGGUUGGAUUACUGGUCAUACUUAUUGUGUUUACGGUCCAUUGUUGAAUGGUGCCACAACUGUUGUGUUUGAAGGUACCCCAGCAUACCCCAACUUCUCAAGAUACUGGGAAAUCGUUGACAAGUACAAGGUCAACCAAUUUUAUGUUGCUCCUACUGCAUUGAGAUUGUUGAAACGUGCCGGAACCAAAUUUGUUCAGCCAUAUGACUUGAGUUCAUUAAGAGUAUUGGGUUCAGUCGGAGAACCUAUUGCCGCUGAAGUGUGGCACUGGUAUAAUGACAAUAUCGGAAGAGGUAAAGCCCACAUUUGUGACACUUAUUGGCAAACUGAGUCCGGUUCCCACUUGUUGGCUCCAUUGGCUGGUGUUACCCCAACCAAGCCCGGAUCUGCUUCCUUGCCAUUCUUUGGUAUUGUCCCCAAGAUCUUGGAUCCAACCACUGGAGAAGAAUUGGAGGGUAACGAUGUUGAAGGUGUUUUGGCUAUCAAAUCCGCAUGGCCAUCAAUCACUAGAGGUAUCUACAACGACUACAAUAGAUUUAUUGACACUUAUUUGGCCCCUUAUCCAAACCACUACUUCACUGGUGAUGGAGCUGCUCGUGACUUGGAUGGAUUCUACUGGAUUUUGGGUAGAGUAGAUGACGUUGUCAAUGUCAGUGGUCACAGAUUGUCCACUGCUGAAAUUGAAGCUGCAUUGAUUGAACACGAUUUGGUUGCCGAGAGUGCCGUUGUUGGAUACGCCGACGACUUGACUGGUCAAGCUGUUGCUGCGUAUGUUUCUUUGAAGAAGGACAAAUUGGACGACAAUGCAGAUAUGGAUGCUAUCAAGAAGGAGUUGGUUUUGACAGUUCGUAAAGAAAUUGGACCUUUUGCUGCACCAAAAUUGAUUUUGUUGGUUGAUGAUUUGCCAAAGACGAGAUCAGGAAAGAUUAUGAGACGUAUUUUGCGUAAAGUCUUGGCUGGUGAAGCUGACCAAUUGGGUGAUACUUCAACUUUGUCCAAUCCCCAAGUUGUGCAACAGAUUAUUAAGGUUGUUGCUGAUGCAGUCAAGAAGUGA